AUGGGAGACUAUUCGAAAGCACUUGAAUUUUACGAAAAAUCACAUCAAAUUAAAGAAAAAGCUCUACCUCAGAAUCAUCCUGAAUUGGCUACUUCCUACAACAACAUCGGUCUAGCGUAUAACAACAUGGGUGACUACUCGAAAGCGCUUGAAUUUUACGAAAAAUCAUGUAAAAUCUACGAAAAAGCUCUGCCUCCGAAUCAUCCCAAUUUGGCUUCUUCCUACGACAACAUCGGUAGAGUGUAUAAGAAUAUGGGUGACUACUCGAAAGCACUUGAAUUUUACGAAAAAGCACAUCAAAUCUAUGAAAAAGCUCUGCCUUCGAAUCAUCCCGAUUUGGCUACUUCCUAUAACAACAUCGGUGGAGUGUAUAACAACAUGGGUGACUACUCGGAAGCACUUGAAUUUUACGAAAAAUCACAUCAAAUCUACGAAAAAGCUCUGCCUCCAAAUCAUCCCGAUUUGGCUACUUCCUACAACAACAU